CGAUUCUUCUACUCUCUCGCGAGGGAUUGAGAAUCGAUUUUACAGAAGGAAAGAACCUGGAAGGAAACUACGAAUGAUUCAAGGCUGAUUCCUCGCUGCGUUAAUGCCAAAAAUAUGAUAGAACAAAAAUACUCCGUCAUUUUUUUCCUUCCCGGUAGCAGCCAAAAUCCUGAAAUCCACCACAACCGUCUCGCCUUCCCAGUUCCUUGCCGCAUCUUCAACAGUCCGGUCUCUGCCAAUUAAUCAAUUAGGGUUUGUCAUUUCUUCCAGAAUAGUGUUUUCAUUAAACAAUUGAAUUUUUGAAAGAACGUAAAUGUUGUAAUUGUGCAUCAACGAUUGAAUUUGCCAAAAUAAUUUAAGUAUCCAAGACUAGAAAUAGUCAAACCUCAGCAGAUCGCAUUCAGAGCACUUAAUUGGUUAGAAGUCUCUGAUUUUUGAAAUUUCCCUGUUCAUAAUUUCAUGUGAUGCUAUGAGCGCAUGAUAAUUUUUUUGUGCUUUAUGACUAUUUUUUAAAAUUAUGUAUUCACGUUUCUUUUUUCUUUUUCAGGCUAAAGACUGAAGUCAACCAGUAGAAGCUUUGGACUCACUUUCAUAUUUUGAAUCUUUAAUUUUGCUAUUUACAAAAUUGAAUUUGAUUUUGAAUAAUUGAGUAACUCAUUUUGAGUUGGCUUUUGGUUGAAUUGAAUAAAUCAGUUUGAUUUUGAUUCUAAUUGAAUGAUUUUUACGGUAUUUGAAUUGAAUGAUAAAUCAGUUUCUGCAAAUCCUAUGAAAAAUCCUAAACUCCUCCUUCAUGAUUAGAGGUUGUGUUGCACUUUCAAUUAAGCAUCACACUGCUAGCCCAUCCACCAUUCUUUUUUCAUACUCCGGGGAGAUAUUUGAUACUCCAUUUGCAUUUCCCUCUCUGUUGUUACCUCUGUAAUGUACUAUUAGGAUUGUUAGGCCCAAAUGAAGAACACUAAAAUGCAAAUUAACUGUUCUCUACAGGACAAUGCAGAUGAUUUUUGUGUUGAACAUGGUGAGAGUAGGAGAUCUUUUGACGCUUUUUGAAUGGUGGAGAGUUCAAUUUUUAAUGUUAGUUUCAUGGAGCAUUAAAUGGUGGGUGGUAUUGACAUCCCUCACAGCGACAAAAGGUUUGCUGGAUUCAGCAAGGAUUCAAAGCAACUAUAACCUGAGGAUGAUGGAGGAUGACUCCAAGAGACACGUCAGCCGGACCCCACCAGCCACGUGGAAGAGCUUUUUGCUCGGCCCAUGAGCUCGGCUCGUCUUACGGGCUCGGCUCGGCCUGCGAGCUCGGCUAGAGAGCGUGACAGUGAUGGGAGGAAAGCGACCGGCUGCGUUGACUGCAUGAUAGCGACGGGAUGAAAGGGACAACUAAUAACAGAUGAUGACGUCCGCUAGGCGAAGAACCUCGAUCAGAGGUCUUUGACUAUGUGUAUUGUAUCCCCUAUAAAAGGGGCGAAACCCCUCAUUGUAAUGGAUCCAAGUUUAGAACAAAUAAACUCCUACUUU